CCUCUCUCUCUCUCUCUCUCUCUCUCUCUCUCUCUCUCUCUCUCUCUCUCUCUCUCUCUCUAUAUAUAUAUAUAUAUAUAUACAGACGACGACAUAACUGAACCACGUAGCCAAACCUCAACAUUUCAAGUUCUUCUUUCUUCUCAAAACAGGUAGGGUAAUAUGUCCGCGCACGAAAUCAGCUCCUGGCCCUAGCUAGGGUUUUCGAGUUUUACUGGGUCAUCAAAUAUUUAUAUAUGGAGAAGGAAGAGAACAACUAUUCGGCUUUUAUGCCACCUAGCAACUUCAACAACCUGGAUUACACCCUAGAUCAUCAUCAAGAAGAUCAACAGAUGCUGAAGUCUCGCAUCGACGAGACUAAUUCAAGCGAUAACAACAAUGGAAUGGUGAAUUACUUGAUGUACAAUCAUCAUCAACUACAACAACAACAGCAGCAGCAGCAGCAGCAGCAAAUAAGCACGCAAUUAGCUCCAGCAGGGUUUUGUGGUUCAACUAGUACUUCUUUUGACAAACUGAGCUUCGCCGAUGUGAUGCAGUUUGCCGAUUUUGGACAAAAGUUGGCCUUAAACCAAUCCAAGAUUUCGGAGGAAGAGCCUGCGAUUGACCCUGUUUACUUCCUCAAGUUUCCGGUGUUGAAUGACAAGUUGGACAACAAUCAAGACCAGUCGAUCUCUCUCAUGGUUCCACAAGCUGAAGAGAGAUUCACAGGGUUGGGUGAAGAAGACAAGACAAAGUCAAUGGAAGAAGAACAAGACGAGGAAGGUCGGGUUUCUGGUAGUAAUAAUUCAGUGCAGAAGCUCCACUUUCUUGGAGAAGAUCAUCAAAACAACCCUAGAGGAGGAGGAGUACAACCGGAGCCGGCAGCAGCCAAGAACAAAAGAAAAAGACCACGAACUACCAAGACGACUCAAGAAGUUGAGAGCCAGCGGAUGACUCAUAUUGCGGUUGAAAGAAACCGCAGGAAGCAAAUGAAUGAGCAUCUUCGCGUGCUCCGUUCCCUCAUGCCGGGCUCAUACGUACAAAGAGGGGAUCAAGCUUCUAUAAUUGGGGGAGCCAUAGAGUUCGUGAGAGAACUGGAGCAGCUACUUCAGUGCUUGGAAUCACAGAAGAGGCGAAGGCUCUUAGGAGAAGCACCUCCAAGACAAGUGGGAGAUUCUGCCACGGCGGCGGCUAUGGCAGUACAGGCAGCUGAAGGUGGCGGAGGACCAUUAAUCUUUCCAGCUGCUAAUUUAUCUAUUAAUAAUCCGAAUGAUCCGAUAAAGUUUGUGGACUAUGAAACGGGGCUUCGAGAAGAAACUGCAGAGAACAAGUCGUGCUUUGCGGAUGUUGAGGUGAAGGUUUUAGGAUUUGAUGCGAUGAUCAAGAUUCUAUCUCAGAGGAGACCGGGGCAGCUGAUUAAGGCUAUCGCUGCGCUUGAGGAUUUGCAGCUUAAUAUCCUUCACACUAACAUUACUACCAUUGAACAAACUGUUCUAUAUUCCUUUAAUGUCAAGGUUGGAAGUGAGUCGAGGUUCACAGCUGAAGAUAUUGCAAGUUCAGUUCAGCAGAUAUUCAGUUUUAUCCAUGCAAACACCGCCAGCAUGUGAUCAUACACGAGAUCGAUGAUCAAGUUCAAGUAGCUAGCUACUUAUGUUGAAGAAAGAUCAAGAUCAAGAUCUGGAUCAGUUUAAUUUUUUUCGUGAUGCCCCUGCCACUUGAAUCUUAUCAUUAGUACUACCGUCUUGGUUUAUUAAAUAAAGAAAAUUGAUCUAGCAAAGUGGUCCCUGGUAUAUAUAAUAUAUAAUACCACUUUAAAUUUCCCAUUUUCCUUAAAUUACUUCAUCUUCCAUAUUGUUUGUAAAAGGCAUGUAGUCCUAAAUCUCUUCCAAAGCAAUAAGUAGUUUAAUUUGCAUGCCUCUCCAAGUUUUUUGGUGGUAUGAUUUGAUGUAUUGCGUUAAUAUCAUACAAAAAGUAAAAUUAAAGAGUUGUUAUUCAGGCUACAAAUGUAUCGACCGCUCUAUUUUUAUACCAAUUAAAUGAAUGUCAA